AAACUAUACAAAUAAGGGUUUAAAAAACCGGUAAAAAUCGAAAAGAAAAAAGUAAUAUUAAUAAAAUGUGUACAAUAAAGAACCUUAUGAUGUUUAUGUAUCUGGCAAGUGCCGCGCAAAAACUUUUAAAAUGCCAUUAGAUAUCGGAUAAAAAAAAAUUAUAACCUAAAAAAAAAUGUUUACAAAUGUUAAAUAUGCGCUAGUAAUUUAUAAGUGAAAUAAACGUGAAUUAAUUAUUAUAUCGAAAAUGACGAUCGACAUGGUAUGUAAUUUUCGAAAAUGCCGAAAAUCAUUAACAAAUCAAGCGUGGGUGACAACCUGUUCGCAUGCAUUUUGUAUUGAGCAUGGAAAAAGCGAAUUCAAGAGAAACAUUGAAAAUUCCUUAACUUGUCCGGCUUGCGGCAAUGAGUUGCGGGACAAAUUUGAUGUUAUUCAAGCGGAUCUACGUCCUUCAGAGACUUUUAAGUCAAUCGUCUUAGCAGGUAUGCGACCAGAUACUAUCAUGGAUAUAGCUAUGAGAGCAAUGUCAUUUUGGUCAUAUCAAGUUGAACAGGAAGCCCUGUACCAAGAAAGCAUGGCAAAUCAUAUGCGAGAAAAACUCAAAUGCUUGGAAGAAAUCAAUACGCUAAAUGUGCAAAAAUUAAAGGCCGAAUUGGAAACAUGCAAACGAAAGAUAUCAUCGCUACAAACAGAAUUCCAUAAGAAGAACAAACAGGCAGAGGAGCUGAAAGCUAAUAUAGAGGACAAAAACCGUAAAAUCCAGAAAUUAACUUAUCAAUUGGAUGCCAAGAAGAGGAAAGACAUACGGCUCGAUAAUUUCGAAAGUAGUAACAAUCAUGAGCAAUGCAUGGAUAUUUCAGAUUUAGUGGUUAACAGAGCAGCGUCGGCUUCGGAUGCGUUCGUGUUUCGACCGGCGAAGGACUCUGACGAUUCCCAUCGUAUAUGCACUCCAAAGACACCCAUGUUUGACUUUCGUAACCGCGAACGCAAGAAACCUCAAUCUCAUUUUACUUUCAGACCGUUACCUCCAUAGUUUUAAGGCAUGUAUGAUUAUUAGUUGUAAGUAAUUAAUAUGUAAAGUUCACAUACCUGCAUUUGUUUAAAAUUUAAUAAAAAUGUCCUAAAUUGUA